CAUCUUUUCAUAUAGUCUCUCUCUCCGUCAUCUGCCUCCUCAUCUAUUUCUCCAUCUACCUGGUGUAUAAUUUUCUUUAUUUAUGAGUGAGAGAAAAGAUAAAGGAAGGAGGAGUUUUUAAUUUUUUUUGGUGUCCUUUCUUUCCUCCUCUCUUCUCCACUCUUCCCUCCCAUACCUGUCAGUCCCUCCUCCUUUUUUCAUCACUUCAUCAUCCCCUCCUCCUCCUCCUCCAUCCUCAUCCUCGCCUCUUCUCUCUGUCUCUUAAACUCUGAUGUUAAAUGAACUUGGAUGAAGACAACUUAAAAAAAACAAACUCCUCAUGAAUGACUCUUUUUUUUUUUUUUUUUUUUCUUCCCUCCACACCCAUUUUCUUUGCAUCACACUCUUGCGGGAUUCUUAAAUGUUACUCUAGACUGAGAGCGGGCCGCAAACCGACGAUCAUGACUGGCUAAAGCGAGAGAAGGCAAGGAGGUGAAAGAAAGCCAAAGAAGAAGGAAGGGGAGGAAGAAGAAGAAGAAAAGGAGGAGGAGGAAGAGGAGUACACACACACACACACACAAACACACACUGCUGCUGCUCAUCUUCUCAUCUCCACGGCAACUGUGUUCACACACUUGCAGACUUGUGGGAGGAGACCUCUGCGAGCUGCAGCGCCGGCGUUGGAGGAAGGGGAACGAGAAUCGGAUGAGAGAGCGUCUUCAUCGCUCGCCAUCUUCUCACCUUUUUACUUUUCUUUCCAUGAGUUCACGCCGACAGUUUGAGUUGCUCAACUUUUCCAGAAAACAUUGAGUCCAGGUCGGAUCUGCAGCUUUCUGCAGGUUUAAUGUGUAAAAUCACAGUUUGAAAAAGCGAGACGCCGCCCUGCUCAGAACACACUCUUCAAGUUUGCACUAAUUAAAUGAUUUAAAGCUAAUUAUUGUACAUUCUGUACAUAUUGUUCCACCUUAAACGUCCCGCCCUCCGCCCUCAUCCAACCCAACGAAGAACCCAACCUCCCCCCCUGCCCACCACCACCUCAGUCUUCAGACUUCAUCUGUCUACCAUCCCUUCAUCCGAGGCUAUGAGAGGAGGAGUCGAAUCCCAGAUCACUCCAUCAUGCCAGUUCUGAAGAGCAGAGAGGAGAUCCGGGCUGGCAAUGUUCAAGGGACGGCAUUUACACUCCUCCACAAUGCUUGUCAGCCUCCACCCUUCUCCCUCCCGUCUUCAGGACAAGCGCUUCUUCUUCCCCUCCUCCUCCACCCAACAUCACCACCACCACCACCACCACCACCCUGCUCCUCCUCCUCCUCAGGACCAGCACUUCCACCAUCCUUGCUCUCAGCCUCGACUGACGCUGCCCGUCCUCUCCUUGUCCUUCUCUCUUCUCCUCGUCUCCGUGCUCCUCCUGCCCGUCUGCGAGUCUCGCAGGGGUGGAGGUCCAGGUACGGGACCUGGAGGUCCCCCAGGAGGACAAGGUGGCCAGAGGGGAGGUGGCGGCGGCACUCAGAGGGGUGUUGUCAUCCCUCCUCAGUACUCUCCCGGCUUACCAGCUCUUCCCCCAAUCAGCCCAAAGCUGAUCAGCUCGCUCAGCAUCGCCGUCAUCCUCGUGGGCAACUCUAGUGAAGUCACGCUGGGGGUCGGACUUGAGAAGGAGGACUUCCUCCACAUCCCUUACCCUCCGAAGGUCGAGGUGGUCACCAUGAAUGAGACCGACCCCAAGAGCAUCAUCAAUCGAAUCUGCGCACAGAUGACGAGGAACUCCCUGCAGGGCGUCGUGUUCGGCGACGACACGGACCAGGAGGCCAUCGCCCAGAUCCUGGACUUCAUCUCUGCACAGACACACAUCCCCAUCCUGGGCAUCAGAGGGGGCUCCUCCAUGGUCAUGGCAGCCAAGGACGACCACUCCAUGUUUUUCCAGUUUGGUCCGUCCAUCGAGCAGCAGGCCUCCGUCAUGUUGAACAUCAUGGAGGAGUACGACUGGUACAUCUUCUCCAUAGUCACCACGUACUACCCCGGAUACCAGGACUUUGUCAACAAGGUCCGCAGCACCAUCGAGAACAGCUUUGUGGGCUGGGAGCUGGAAGAAGUCCUCCUACUGGAUAUGUCGGUGGACGACGGAGACUCCAAGAUCCAGAAUCAGCUGAAGAAACUGCAGAGUCCAGUUAUUCUGCUCUACUGCACGAAGGAGGAGGCUUCCACUAUCUUCGAGGUGGCCCAUUCGGUGGGCCUCACGGGUUACGGCUUCACCUGGAUCGUGCCCUCGCUGGUGGCUGGAGAUGCGGACCAUGUUCCCUCUGUCUUCCCUACAGGGCUUAUCUCGGUGUCGUAUGACGAAUGGGACUACAAUAUCGAGGCCAGGGUACGUGAUGCAGUGGCUGUCAUUGCCACGGCGACCUCCACCAUGAUGCUGGACCGGGGGCCACACACCCUGCUGAAGUCGAGCUGCCUCGGGACGCCUGACAAAAAGGGCUCCAACACCGGCCACUCCAAGGAAAUACUGAAGUACCUCAUGAAUGUAACAUUUGAAGGUCGAAACUUGUCGUUCAGCGAAGAGGGUCACCAGAUGUUCCCCAAACUGGUCAUCAUUCUCCUGGACAAAGACAGGCAGUGGGACAGGGUUGGCAAGUGGGAGCGAGGCUCCCUGACGAUGAGGUACCACGUGUGGCCUCGCUUCGAGCUGUACUCGGCAGCGGAGGAGCGGGAGGACCACCUGUCCAUCGUGACUCUGGAGGAGGCGCCGUUCGUCAUCGUGGAGGACGUGGACCCGCUCAGCGGCACCUGCAUGAGGAACACCGUGCCGUGCCGUAAACAACUCAAGCUCAGCAACCAGACGGGCGAUUCAGGGAUUUACAUCAAGCGCUGCUGCAAAGGUUUCUGCAUCGACAUCCUGAAGAAGAUCGCCAAGGCGGUCAAGUUCACAUACGACCUCUACCUGGUGACCAACGGCAAACACGGCAAGAAGGUGAACGGGACGUGGAACGGCAUGGUCGGAGAGGUGGUGUUGAAGAACGCCCACAUGGCGGUGGGUUCGCUCACCAUAAACGAGGAGAGGUCGGAGGUCAUCGACUUCUCUGUGCCCUUCAUCGAGACGGGGAUAAGUGUCAUGGUCUCCCGUAGCAACGGAACCGUCUCCCCCUCCGCCUUCCUCGAGCCCUUCAGCGCCGACGUCUGGGUGAUGAUGUUCGUGAUGCUGCUGAUCGUCUCGGCCGUGGCUGUGUUUGUGUUUGAGUACUUCAGCCCGGUCGGUUACAAUCGCUGUCUGGCAGAUGGCCGAGAGCCCGGCGGUCCCUCCUUCACCAUCGGAAAGGCUGUCUGGCUGCUUUGGGGUCUGGUUUUCAACAACUCCGUCCCCGUGCAGAAUCCCAAAGGCACCACCAGUAAGAUCAUGGUGUCAGUGUGGGCCUUCUUCGCUGUCAUCUUCCUGGCCUCCUACACUGCCAACCUGGCUGCCUUCAUGAUCCAGGAGGAGUAUGUAGACCAGGUGUCGGGCCUGUCAGACAAAAAGUUCCAGAAGCCGAACGAAUUCUCGCCGCCGUUCCGGUUCGGCACGGUGCCCAACGGGAGUACAGAGCGCAACAUCCGCAACAACUACCGGGACAUGCAUACUUACAUGACCAGCUUCCACCAGAAGAAUGUAGACGAGGCACUGCACAGUCUGAAGAGCGGCAAACUGGACGCCUUCAUCUACGACGCCGCAGUGUUGAACUACAUGGCGGGCAGAGACGAGGGCUGUAAGCUCGUCACCAUCGGGAGCGGCAAGGUGUUCGCCUCGACCGGCUACGGCAUCGCCAUCCAGAAAGACUCGGGCUGGAAACGGGCCGUGGAUCUGGCCAUCCUCAUGCUGUUUGGAGAUGGUGAUAUGGAGGAGUUCGAGGCCCUGUGGCUGACGGGAAUCUGCCACAACGAAAAGAACGAGGUGAUGAGCAGUCAGCUGGACGUGGACAACAUGGCGGGCGUCUUCUACAUGCUCGGGGCCGCCAUGAUUCUGUCGUUAAUCACCUUCAUCUGUGAACAUUUGUUCUACUGGCAGCUGCGUUUCUGCUUCAUGGGCGUGUGCUCCGGAAAGCCCGGCUUCACCUUCUCCAUUAGCAGAGGUAUCUACAGCUGCAUCCAUGGGGUUCAAAUCGAGGAAAACAAGUCAACCAUAGACUCACCGUCGGCCACCAUGAAGAAGAACAUGAACAACACCCACUCCAACAUCCUGCGGUUGCUCCGCACCGCCAAAGACAUGACCGCCGUCCCGGGUAUUAACGGUUCCCCGCACGCCGCCCUGGAGUACAGCCACAGUGGUCGUGACUCAGCUAUCUAUGAUAUCCAGGAACACCGGCGCAGCUUGGUGGGUCACCCUGUAGACUGCAAGUCCGCACCACCCUACAUGCCAGAGGACAACAUGUUCAGUGACUACAUCAGCGAGGUGGAGAGGACUUUUGGCAACUUGCCCCUGAAGGACAGCAACCUGUACCAGGACCAUUACCUGCACCACCACCCGGCCUCGGCUCUGGGUAUGUCCGGCCCCCCGCCUAAUAGGCCGCGUAGCUUAGGCAGCACUAGCUCGUUGGAGGGGGGCAUGUUCGAUUGCGACAGCUUAGGGGGAGGGGUAGCGCCCAUCUUCACCACCCAGCCCCGCCCCUCCAUGACUCACAGGAAUACCAAUAAGUUCGACCUGAUCGCCGGCCACACCCCUGCGGAUUCCAACCAGGGUGGGUUCAAGGGAAGCAAUGUGUACGGCAGGUUUUCUUUCAAAGGAGGCGCAUCCAGCACGGGGCUCAUCGGGGGGCACGACCGGUACUGUGGUGGGGGUGGGGGAGGCUCGGGGGGUGAUGACGGGAACAUUCGCUCUGAUGUUUCGGAUAUCUCCACGCACACUGUCACCUACGGCAACCUGGAGGGCAACCACAAGCGACGUAAGCAGUACAGGGACAGCCUGAAAAAGAGGCCAGCCUCGGCCAAGUGCAGACGGGAGCAGGACGAGAUAGAGCUGAGCGGCUUGAGGAGGAGACCCCACCACCACACCGUCCACCACCACUUCCCCCACGGGCCUCAGGCACACCGCACGGUCUCACCUCCCCUGGAGCGGAAAAGGGGAGGCGGAGGGGGUAAUUCUUCACCUUACUUGUUCCGCAAAGACAAAGAGAACCUGAGGGAGUUCUAUGCGGACCAGUUCCGCUCCAAGGAGGGCAAGGCCAAGUGGGAGCAAGAGGGUGGAAGUGGAGGAAGUGGUGUGGGCGGUGGUAGCGGUGGCGGUAUCUGUAAAAGCUUAGUACCUGUGGAGGACUUCCUCAAAGGUAAAAGCAAGAAGCCGGAGUGUAAAGGCGGGCUUGGAUCAGUGUCGGCAGGACAGCAGGCCCAUACCUGCUGGGAGAAGGGGGUAUCUGGGAUAGGAGGGGGAGGCAUAGCAGGGGGUGACUGGGAGUGUCGUAACUGCCACAGUGUCUGUCACCACAGUGGAGGUGUAGGAGGGGGAGGCGGCACGUGCACAACUAGCGGGGUUGGGGGUACGAGCAGUCGCCCCAGCUCGGCUGGCUGCAAACGCUGCGACUCCUGUAAGAUCCAGCCAAGCAACCUUUACAACAUCAGCGAGGAUAACAACAUGGUGGUGAUGAAGAGUAGCGUAGGACCCAGCCAAACACAAACUCAGGCACAGCGUAGGAAGCUAGGACCAGGUGGGAGGGUGUUACGCAGGCAACACUCGUACGACACAUUUGUGGACCUGCAGAGAGAGGGCGCAGGCCGCAUGGGAGGAGCUGGCGGAGGCGUUGGGGGGCAGUUUGUCCAGCCCCGAAGCGUGAGCUUGAAAGACAAAGAUCGCUUCAUGGAGGGUCCCAGCCCUUACGCUCACAUGUUUGAGAGGUAUUCAGGUGACAGGGAGCCCUCCAUGUUCGGAGGAAUAGGCGGAGACAGGGUGAAAGGAGGCUCCUCCUUCAGUUUGUUCCGUGGAGGCGAGGGUGGGUUGCAUCAACGGUCGGUGGGGGAGAGAGACCUGAGGGACAGAGAUAGAGCUAUGAUGGGAGGUGGGGGCUGUGGUGGUGGUGGUGGUGGUGGUAGCAGAGGGGCCGGGACUUACUCCUUGUCUAAAUCUCUCUACCCAGAUAAGGUGAACCAGAACCCCUUCAUCCCAACCUUCGGCGACGACCAGUGUCUUUUACACGGUGCCAAACCGUACUACAUCAAAAAGCCACAGACGCAGCAACAACAACAGCAACAACAACAACAACAGCAGCAGCAGCAGCAGCAACUUCUCAACAACAGCCGGGGAGGAGGGGACUUCCGCAGCUCCAUGGGAGCGACUUCCUAUUUGCCUGCGUCCGCCACAGCUGGGGUGAUGUCCAAUGUGGCCCCCAGGUUCCCCAAAGAGCUGUGUUUGGGCGGGGUGGCAGGAGGGCCCAUGGGGAACCAUCACGGGUCCAGCAAGCUACUGCCCGGGGGCAGGGACACGUUAGGUUUGGGGCAGGGACAGAGACCCUUCAACGGUGCCAGCAAUGGACACGUUUACGAAAAGCUCUCCAGCAUUGAGUCGGACGUCUGAGGGCGAAGAGGAAGAAAGAGAGGGAAGAUGGAGUGGGUGAAGCAAAGGCGGGGUGUGUGCGACGGAGAGAUUCAAACAAAGAGAAACGGGCACGGGCUGACGACGUCUCUGCGUGAAGAGAAAACGAGACACGAUACUGUGUGUGUUGUCCUCACUCCGCUAAAUGGAAAGAAUUUGGACGAUGCACGAGGCCGCGGCGGGCGGAGCUGUGGUGAAGUCCGGCGGGAGACACGAGUUUGUUUUUUUUAAUGAGAAGAGAGGAUUCUGGUGCUGCUCCGACCGACGCUCAGAGAAAGAUAGGGAGGGAUGGAGGGAGGGGAAAGAGUGAAAUAAAAUCUCCGGUCUCUCUUCACGCGCUCAUCGUCUUUCCCUCCCUCCUGCAGAUCUUAAACACCAAAACAAACAUUUUGUUUAGCAACGGAAAUACAAUCAUGAAUGAGAAAUCAACACUUCUGUUGAAGUAACAGGGUAAACUAAUAAUAACUGUAUUGAUAAUGUUGAUAAUAUUAUUGAAUAUUAUUCCAGUGUUUAAUGAUGAUGGGUUUGGAUUGUUUUUAACUUUUAUUUAUUUAAAUGUUACAUAUUUGUAUGAUGUUGAUUCUUUCUUAGCUUACCAAUAUUACAGGAUGCUGCUGGUAGACCAAGUUUGUCGGUAUGGAUCUUUCUUUUGGGUUCCUGUAAUUUGGACUCUUCUUUGCUCUUAAUUCUUCAUGUUUGAUUUUUUAUACUUUUCUUACUUUUGAGUGCUGUGAAGUGUACGUGAAAGGCAUGACUCGCUGAGUACAAAUGUACUUAUAAAUUUGCAAAGAAGGUCUUUAUUUUAUUUCUUUUCUUGUUUAUUUCUCAGCUGCAGAAGCAACAUCAUCAUACUGAUUUGCCGUUUCCUCUCGUUUCUCUGCUCGGCAGUACCAAAAUGGGUCUCUCACAUUUUGAGCUGGAUGUGCCUUAAAGGAUUAAUACUGAUUUUCUACACACGAGAUCUGUUUUUGUUGACAGAUUUAACCUGCAAACAAAUUUUAAUUUGAGGGUGAAAAUCCACCUGAAGAAAAGUCUGAUAUGAGAGUUUCAUGAGCAUAACAGACUUUUAGUACAAACAUAAAAAUCGCUGCAGUAGAGGAGGCUUAAACAUCCCCGACAAAAGUAACUAAUAGCAGGAUUACAAGGGUUAAAACCACAGUGCCAUGUUGAAUAAACAUUCCUGUUCUCCCCCAAAAAGCCGCUGUAUGUGAAAAAAAAAAUUAAAUUAAACUGUAGAAGCUUCUUCUUCUUGUGCUAUUAACUCCUCGAUUAAUCUAACUACAAUUUAAAUUUACUUUAAAGAAGCUCAACGAGCUUCAUCACUCCUCACCUCUCUUCAUUUUUUUACAUAAUGGAUGACCCGGGAACCAACUAUCCAUUAAAUACAUGUAAAUCACAUUUAAUGUCGACUUGUUGCACUCGUCGCGUUUCAUUGGGUCCGACUCAAUUGGCCGUGACAGUUUUGCUGUUCGGGACGGGGACAUAAUGGACUUUCAGAGCGAGGCCUCCGUCUCUGGGAUGAGCAGCCCUGGCAUGUUAAUUAUUUCAUGAUUGCGGCUGUAAGGCCUGCCUGCUGUAUUAGAUGGUCACAUUCGGAUGAUAUGAGGGGGGUACAAGUGUUGAACAUUUUCCCUCUGCUGGUAUAAAGGACGACAACAGGCUCCAACAAGCCCCAAAAAAAUCUCACGAAUUCGUCAGGUAUGAGGUCGAUGUGAAGACUGACACCACUCUCAUGUCUGUACAGUAAAUAUGAAGUUAUUUUAGCUCAGCAUAAA